UAAAUAGGGAAUAAUUAAAUACAUUAAUCAACAAUCAAGGAUAUAUAUUUACUAGGAUAAAGUUUUUGUCAAAAGUUAUUUUUAAGUUUUGGAUCUUUGAACGUUUAUUUAUAAGUUGCGCAGCAUGUGCUAGUUGCUGCUGUACGUCUGCAUUCAUUAAAUACGAAACGUAUGCAUUGUUUACGGUUUGAAAACAUGUAGCAAGAUGUCGCCUUCCAGUACGCAUUCGUCAGCGUCGGGAGAACUAUGGGGGUUCCCACUCAUGCCCAACAAAGUUUAUGUGGAUAUUUUCCUCCCCAAUGGGAUUUUUAUAUCGCUUGAAACUUCGAGGGAAUGCGGGUUGUUUGAGCUCAAGGAGACGGUGUGGAACAUGGCGAAGGAACAGCCGUUGUACGACAGAUUGUUGGAAAAUAACGCUUACGUGUUUGUUGGUGUCACCAAGGACGCCGAGACGGAGGAAUUUUACGACGAACAUCGAAGGUUGUGCGAUAUCCAUCUUUUCCAACCAAUCUUGAAGUUAACUGCUGCAAAGGGGAAUCGAGAGGAAAAAAUGUUGAAACAAUCGAUCACGCAAGCUGUUGGGGUUUCCAUCGAUGAGUUUGUGCGGAGAAGAAAUCCUGAAGUCGAUGAUUUUCGACGAGAUGUUGCAAGUUUCUGUAAAAGUGAGGUUGAGGCGCGCAACAGGUGUUGUGACCCGCAUGCGUUGAUUGCUUAUUGCUACCCACCCAGAGUGGAACCAUCACCUAAGCUGCCUCUGCACACGACCGAGAAUCUACUAAGCAAUACAAACAUAGUGAUCCGUGUGUGGGUGGUACAGGAGAAUUCCUUCCAAACCCACGCAUCAGUGUGCGUACCAUGCGAUACAACGCCCGCCAUGAUCAUAAGUGAAGUUGUGAAAAAGAAAGUUUUAACUUUUAACAACUCGCAAAGUAAUUCAACCAAGUCGAUAAACGAACAUUAUGUUUUGAAGGUUUGUGGCUUAAAUGAAUAUCUGGAAGGAAAUUUCCCAAUUUGUCAAUAUAAGUAUAUCCGUCAAUGUGUAAAUCGUGAUGAGCUGCCCGAUGUUAUGUUGGAGUCGGUGAAGCAAGUAUUGGCGAAAAUUCCUCCCCACCUGCCAUAUAUGCAACCUAACAUUAAUAAACAUAAAAACAACAAAGAAUCACGUCCUCCCAUCAUGUCCCAUAUGUUGACGCAAAACUUUAAGUUUCUCGUGAACAUUGGAAUUUAUCUGAACGUUGGUGAAAAUUUGUACGUUUACGCAAAUCUUUACCACGGAACUAAACCUUUAUGCGAGGGUAAGAAGACGGUGGAGUUGGGGGGGACGGAGGCGCCCAAGUGGAACCAGUGGCUUACGUUUGAUAUUAAAGUUGCCGAUAUACCGCGAUGCGCUAAACUAUGUGUUGCUGUGUGUGGGGUGCGUAGGAAGAAGGAUGAACAUUGGCCGUUAGCGUGGGCGAAUAUACCUUUGUAUAAUUACACUGGUAAGUUCAUACAAGGCCAACAUACAGUAAGGUUAUGGCAUCCACCCUGCCAUAUGGAUGGGAUGCUUAACCCUAUUGGUGUCACCGGUUCAAACCCUAUGAAAGAAACCCCAUGUUUAGAACUAGAGUUUGAGGGGCAUCGAGCAAACGUGGAAUUCACGCAAACCAACGAGGGGUUGAUUGAGGGAGAUUAUACAGAGCUUGCGUUUGAUUCACCCCCCCUUGAUGAUGGGGGUGAUUUGAAGAGGUUGAUGAACAUCGUUUCACGCGACCCACUUUCCCCCCUCACCCAGGACGAACGUAUGUUGCUAUGGAGAUGUAGGGGACUUUGCAAGGAAAUCCCACAAUCGUUACCCAAGUUGUUACAGUCUGUAAAAUGGGAGGAUCGGGAGUUGGUGAAAGAGUUUUACUCGUUGCUCGCUUCGUGGCCACGUCUGCCACCGGAGUACGCUAUCGAGUUGUUGGAUUGCAAAUAUCCCGACCCCAAAGUUCGAAGGUUUGCCACCGAGUGUCUAGAUGUUGGAUUGACGGACGACGGGGUGUUGAAGUAUCUUCUACAGCUUGUUACGGCGAUCAAGUUUGAGUUUUACCUCGACAACUCACUGGUUCGUUUCUUACUGAAGCGAGCCAUUAAAAAUCUUAGGAUUGGACAUUAUUUAUUCUGGCAUUUGAAAUCUGAGAUGUACGACGUACAAGUAUCGCUACAGUUUGGCUUGCUACUUGAGGCUUACUGUAGAUCAUGUGGUCCGUAUCUCGCACAACUGGUGAGGCAGACAGAGAUUCUCACCAAGCUGAAAAAUGUCAACACCAUCUUACAAAAAGAUGACAAUAUUUCACAAAAAGCACUCAAGGAAUAUUUGUGUAAACCUGAUUAUCAAGAAAUCCUUCAAAACAACCUUAGCCCACUCAACCCAGCCUACAAGUUGGAAAAUCUUCGAAAUAAUUCAUGUGAAGUCAAAUCAUCAGCGAAGCGGCCGAUAAUCUUACAGUGGCACAGCGCGGAUCCACUUGCUCAAUAUUUCCAACCUGUACACGGGAUAUUGUUCAAGAAUGGAGAUGAUUUACGGCAAGAUAUGCUGACAUUACAAGUACUAAGGGUAAUGGAUGAGAUUUGGCAGAGUGAUGAUUUAGAUUUGUGUAUAUCGCCAUAUAUAUGCAUAUCUAUGGGACAUAAUGUUGGCAUGAUUGAGAUCGUACAAAACGCUGAAACUGUAAUGAAUGUGCAGAAGAAGGGAGGGGUGGUUGGAUCGUUGCAACUAAGGAACGGAACGUUACAUCAAUGGUUGAAGGAUAACAACCCUGGUGAGAAGCAAUAUAACAAAGAUUACAACUUCACUCGGUCAUGUGCCGGGUACUGUGUUGCUACAUUGCUCUUGGGUAUUGCUGAUAGACAUAAUGAUAAUAUUAUGAUAAAGAAGAACGGACAAAUGUUUCACAUCGACUUUGGACAUUUCUUGAACCAUAAGAAGAAGAAAUACGGGAUUUGUAGAAACCGUGUCCCAUUCGUUUUACCCGGUGACUUCCUAAGAAUAAUUUGUCGAGGUUCCACAACAGAGCUAUCGAAAACUUACGACUACAAACACUUUGAGGAUCUUUGCUGCCGUGCUUAUUUAUCGAUUCGAUCGCGCGCAAACUUGAUUAUCAAUUUGUUCUGCAUGAUGUUGGGUGCAGGGUUGCCAGAACUUUCCUCGUUCGAUGACAUCGAAUACAUUCGUGCGUCGCUUGCUGUGGAGAAAGAUGAAACGCAAGCCGUCCAAUAUUUUCGAGAUUGUUUGGCCGCAGCACAAGAUAAACAAUGGACAACCAAAGUCGAUUGGGUUUGCCACGCUGUACGUAACAGUGUGCGAAAGUAAAUCAUAAAACAUAGUACGUCUGUUUAAAUCAAGUUCAAUAUUUGCGUCGAUUACUAUUUUCAUCAUGUUUUAAUGUAUAGCACGUCGGCUUGCUGUGCCAAAGUAAAGUUUCAAUGGUUAUUGUUCCAUAUCAAUCAGCAUAUUGAUCGUCGUUGGUACUUUUAAAUAUGUUUGCACCGUUUUAACUAAAGGUGCGAUUGCUCUUCAUUAUAUUAUUGUCGAUUUAAAUACAUUGUAUUAAACAUGUUG